CUCAAUUAAUCUUUCAGAUUUUCAUUUACCCUACACACACCCACUUCAGAAAUCUCUUCCAUUGAUACCCCACCUUUUUAGCUCUCUGAUAAGGUACUAGUAACCAAGUCUCUAUAACUAAGAAUUAUGCAUUGCACCUAAUUAACUUCACCCAUCUUCAUUUCCAUUAUAAAAACCUCCUCCAUCUCCAUUUUCCACAUCAAGCAGUUUCAAGCAAAACAGCUUAGUAUAGCAUAUACAGUUCACAGCAACAUCAAAGCCCAAAACGCCACAAAAAUGAAGCAACAAUCCCUCUUCUUGUCUUCACUGCUUCUUCUCUUCCUCCACUGCUCCAAAAUCCUAGCCCAAUCACCAGCUGCAGCUCCAGCACCAGCAAAAGCACCAGCUGCAACCCCUCCUCCACCAUCAACACCUGCAGCUGCUGCUCCGGCACCCGCUCUUGUCCCUGUAAUGCCAUCAAAAGGCCCUCUCAACGUUGUCAAAGUCCUUCAAAAAGCUGGUCACUUCACAUUCUUUGUCCGUCUCAUAAAAACCACCCAGGAAGAUAUCCAAUUAUUUUCCCAGCUCAACGACUCCAGCGAUGGAGUAACAAUCUUCGCCCCAACUGACGGCGCAUUUUCAAGCAUCAUCAAAUCAGGCACACUUAACUCUCUAUCUGAUCAAGAAAAGAUCGAGCUGGUGCAGUUUCAUAUAAUCCCAAGAUUUCUAUCUGUUUCUCAGUUUCAGACAGUGAGCAAUCCUUUGAAAACACUUUCAGGAGCUGGCAACAGAUACGCUCUCAACGUGACCACCACUGAAAAUUUAGUGAAUAUAAGUACAGGACUUACAAAUACAAGUGUUUCAGCCAUUGUUUACACAGAUGGGAAGGUUGCCAUUUAUCAGGUUGACAAGGUGCUGCUUCCUCUUGAUCUCUUCGCCCCUAAGCCUCCUGCUCCGGCGCCGGCACCGCCGAAGGCUAAGAAAGAUGAAGGAGCAGAAAGCCCUGUGGUUCCUAAGGAUAUUUCUGGUGCAGUGCUAAGCUGUCUUGCGCAAGAAAAUUUGGUGAUCUUUGGGGUGAUUGGCAUGUUUGGUGCUAUAUUUUCUUUGUGACGAGAAUUCUGGCGAGGUAUUCAGUUCAUCGACAGUGUAUGAUUAAUUUUGCUGGGAUGGGAUGGACGGUGGUUAUCGAAAGAGUGAGUGUGCUUUGAAUAAUUGCCCUUUUCCUAUUUUUAUCUCAAUCUCAUCUGUAUCCUACUAAGUGUUUUUUUUUUUUUUUUUUUUUUUUUU